CGCCUAUGGAAUGGAGUCAGCAGACGAUAAAACAUCAAAUCGGGGCUGAUCAACAGUUUGGAUUCCAUGAGUUCGUACCUGGUGGUUCGAAUCAGCCUUUAGAACGUCUUGGAGAAGUGUGUUCAACGCAAGCCAGUUCUAGCGGCUCUGCUCCUGUUCUGAGACCACCACUAGAAACUCAUGAGGCAGAACACACAGUGGACGCAAAUUUACUGCAAUUUCAUCAUCAAAACCCUUGUGCUUCCGUCAGCUUCGGUCCGACAAAUGUUCCCUAUCAACCAUCUCCUUCUGGACCUCUAGUAGCUUCUGGAGGAGACACAGUCAAUUGCCCUACAACGUCUGUACCUGCAAUUAGUCUCUCAUGUAUUGAUCAAAAUACUGCUAGAACACAGCUUACCGAGGGCACGUCCAGCAAGGAAUUUGAGGAUAUUUCAAAACCGACGCCAAGUGGUUUAUGUCUAUUGCCUGCACAAAUUAAGGAGCAGUGUGCUACCGCGGAUAGAUCUCCUACGGACCAGAAGUCUGAAGACGUUAUGGAUGAUGAAGCUAAAUCUAGUGUGUUAGAAGGAUCUGCAGGAGAAGAUUUUGAUCCGUUGACUGUUGACACUAUGGUAAAAACAAGUGAGACCGGUGAGCCGUUGGUGGAGCAAAUUUCCGAACACGGUCAAAAUAUAAAAAUAGAUCCCCUUGAUACGUUCUGGAUCCAGUGUGAUUGCUGUGAAAAGUGGUUCCAUGGGAACUGUGUGGGUGUUGAAGAAUACGAAGACGUACUCAUCGAUAAAUUUCACUGUGCGCCUUGCGCGCAAACUAAUGGGCCAACAAUAA